AUGUUGUUUAUUAUUUCAAUAAUCCUAUUAAUUUUAAAUUCAAUAAAUGGACUAAAUUAUCGUCCAGUGGUAUUAAUGCAUGGUGUAACAGCUAGUGCAUCUGAUAUGAAUGAAUUAGCUGGAUGGAUUCGUCAAUCAUUUGAAGGAAUUUAUGUUGUUGCAAUCGAAAUUGGAAAUGGUUUUGAAGAUUCAUUUUUAUUUCCAAUGAAUAAACAAGUUGAAUUAUUUUGUCAAAGUAUAUUAUCAGAUUCAAAAUUAAAACAAGGUUUUAAUAUGGUUGGAGUUUCUCAAGGAAGUUUAAUUGUUCGAGGUGCUGUUCAAAGAUGUUCAUUACCUGUUUAUAAUUUAAUAACAUUAGUUGGUAUUCAUCAAGGUGUUUUCGGUAUUCCAAGUUUACAAUUCCUUCCAGCACCAUUUCGUGAAUUAAUUUCAAAAUAUGCAUAUGAAGAACCUGUUCAAAAUGCUUUAAGUGUUGCUGGAUAUUGGCGUGAUCCUUAUCAUUUAGAUGAAUAUUAUAAAAAAUCUCAUUUUCUUCCUGAUAUUAAUAAUGAAGGUAAAACAAUAAAUGAAACAUAUCGUUCAAAUAUGUUAAAAUUAAAUUCAUUUGUAAUGACAUAUUCGGAUAAAGAUGAAGUUGUUUCACCAAGAAAAUCAAGUUGGUUUUUGGGUUAUAAACCAAAUUCACUUGAUGUUGAAAUAUGGAAUCAAUCAAGACAAUUUACAGAUGAUCUUAUUGGUUUAAGAACAUUAUCAGAACAAGGAAAAUUGUAUCAAUUUACAUGUCAUACAAAACAUCAAGAUGCUCAACAUACUCCUGAUAAAGAUUUUAUUUUUAAAAAUAUUUUACCAUUCUUUAAUAAUACAUUGUAA